UCGACAAUCAAUAAUAUACACUAACAAAAUGAAAUUCCUCAUCUGUUUGGCUCUCCUUUUCGCCGUCGCUCAGGCUAACCCUGGCUUUGUGGCACCUUUGACUUACUCCGCCGCUGCUCUGCCUUCCGUCGCCACCUACGCUGCCGCGCCUUAUGCUGCCGCUCCUUAUGCCGCUUACUCCGCUUAUGCUGCACCCGCUGUGGCCACCUACUCUCAUGCUGCUUACUCCGCUCCAGUUGUCUCGGCUUACUCUCAUCUUGCUGCUCCAGCUGUCUACAGCGCACCAGUUGCUCGUUAUGCAGCAGUAGCUCCAGUUGCAUCAGUGGCUCCAGUUACCUAUACAGCACCAGUUGUUUCAACUUUGUUGAAAAAGAAGUAAAUUUG